ACUCGGCAUCGCGGAUGUGCACAUUUCAAACUUGCAGCUUCUCGUGUCGUACAGUGCUGGGGUGGGGAGUGUGUUGUACCGGGAAGAGAGCGGAGUGGAAUCCGUUACCGGAGGCGCCUGGCGGGAAGAGAGUAGGAACGGCGGCCGGGACUGUCAGAAUUGACCACAAAAUGGUUGACGAAGAUAUAAGCGAGAGGAAGCUGAAAAUUGCAUCAAUUCUGGACAGAGUUAAAAAACUUAAGAAAGCUGACGAUUCUUUGAAGUACAGCAGUGAAGAUAAUUGGACGGGUGAAUUGAUCUCUACAAAGUCAUCGGCUGAUACAACAGAACAUUCUGGAGUUUUUAAUUCUUUUCUGACACCAAAGACCCCAGAAGAAUGGCUAGCUUUUCUUUUAAAGUUAGAAAACACAGGCCUUCCACAGAUUGACCAUGUACUGCUUAAUAGACUGCUUGAUAAUUACAGUGAUGCCGUUGGAUCACUUCCGGCAGAAGAUCACAGCCACAAUGAGAGUUAUGCAAAAAUCUUGGUACGAUUUGCAGAGCUGAAAGCUGUUCUGGAUCCAGAUGAGGCACGUGACCAGUUCCAAAUUACAAGAUUAAACUGCAAAACAUUUGCUUUUGUGUUUACUGCUUUUGCUCAGUUCGAGCUUUCAGGAGGAAACUUUAAAAAAAGCAAGCAAAUUCUUCUGAGAGGAAAGGAAUGUGGAGCUAUUCCAGCUGAGAUGAUUGAGUUGGCAUUGAAGAACCUGCAAUUAAGGAAACCUCAGCUGAUAUCAGAGGAAGAUAAAGAAAAUUUAUCUUUGUCUCUACAUCAACAUAAUGGAGAAAAUGUUCAAAGCAAUGGCUUUGGGAGACCAAGGAAAACGAGAAGUGAAAGCUCAGGCGAGCUCUCUGUAAACAUGAGAUUUUUAUUUGGGGAAAAGGUUAGUUCACCUGAAGAUUGUGGAGAGAUGCAACGAAAACCUUUAGCAAAUGUGCCUAUUAAGACAUGUCAGUUUGGAAGGGUAACUGUACAGUCUGUAACUUCCUCAAAUGCUGGAACAACAAAUCCUAGUGUGUUCUCCACCUCAAGUGUUGAAAGGCAACUCGUUGAUUCUAUGCAUGUACCUGUCCUACCACCUUUGUCUAAAUCCAGAUGUGUAGAAGAGGACCUACAGUCUUCCAAAAACCAGUCAAUCAACAUUGGAAGUCUGGCAAUUCAACAGCAGCUCAAUGAGGACAGUGUAGAGAUGAAGACGGUUUCAUCAGUAAUCAUUAGAACAGACCGCAGCAUCACUGUCAGAGAUAAAGAUAUGGAUGAGACAGAUUCUACUACAGCACCAUACAACCCACAGUGUAAUAAAAAACAAGAACCAGUGCCCCAAAGUGACUGCAAAAUGGACGCAAAGCAGCUUGAGCCUCCAAAACCCAACAAUUCUGACAUGGAAUGGAAGUGGAAAAUUCGUGAGAUACCAAGUGAUAUUUUUCAAGAUGGCAAGCGAAAGAGUAUGGACCCCAGUGUUUUUCCAGCUGCCAGAAGGGUAUUACCACCAGUGGCAGUAUCUAAAUGUGAACCUGUUUUAACCUGCAGGACACCUGCCAAACCACAGGAGGAUUAUAUGAACUGUUUCAGAACGCCUGUUGUAAAAGACCCACUGAGACCUGCUUCAAUGCUUUCUACUCCAUGUAACAACUUACCCAGUUAUAACCACCCACAUACUCCAGCCAAUUCUAUUCUGCAGCCUUCAGCUUUCCCGAUGACGCCGUCAAUUGCAAUUAAUGACUGUAUCGUAGUCAAAGGAAGAAUUUAUGCAGUUUUAAAGCAAAUCGGUUCAGGUGGCUCUAGCAAGGUCUUUCAGGUUAUGGAUGAGAAAAAACAUUUAUAUGCUAUAAAGUAUGUGGACCUAAAGGAAGCUGACAAACAGACUGUUGAGAGUUAUCAAAAUGAGAUUUCUCAUUUAAAUAAACUUCAGCGACACAGUGAUAAAAUAAUCAAGCUGUAUGAUUAUGAAAUCACAAAGCAGCACAUCUACAUGGUUAUGGAAUGUGGCAGCAUUGAUCUAAAUACAUGGUUGAGAAAAAAGAAGACUCUUAACCCAUGGGAGAGGAAGAGUUACUGGAAGAACAUGCUGGAAGCCGUUCUUACAAUACACCAACAUGGUAUCGUUCAUAGUGACUUGAAGCCUGCAAACUUUUUGAUUGUUGAUGGCAUGCUUAAACUAAUAGACUUUGGAAUUGCUAACCAAAUACAGCCAGAUGUGACUAGCAUUGUUAAAGAUUCUCAGAUUGGCACAAUCAAUUAUAUGCCACCUGAGGCUAUCAAAGAUAACACUUCUUUUAAUGAAAAUGGAAGGCCAAGUUCCAAGAUUAGUCCUAAGGGCGAUGUGUGGUCUUUGGGUUGCAUACUGUAUUGUAUGACUUACGGGAAGACCCCAUUCCAACAUAUUACUAAUCAAUUCACUAAAUUGCAUACAAUCUUGGAUCCAAGCUAUGAAAUCGAGAUACCUGAUAUACCGGAGGACCACCUUCAGGAUGUUCUUAAAAAAUGUUUAGUGAGAAAUCCCAAGGAAAGGAUAUCUAUUGCUGAACUGUUGGUGCACCCAUACGUUCAUAUACAACCUCACCCUCACCCUCCGCCUCAGACAGAUCAAGUAAGGAAUGAUACUGCAAAGGAGAUGGAACGAGUUCUUGGAAAACUCAUUGCACUUAAUUCACCAAAUUCUAUAUCCAGAGCGGCAAAGAGUUUGUAUGAACAAUAUAGCAGUAGCAACAAGUGCCUUGAUUUGCGCCUAGCUGCCAAAGAGACCAGUCAGAACACAUGGACAACCAAGUAAAGUGCAACAACAAAAAUGUAAAGCUCAUGGCAUGAUCAUUGGGCAAAGGACUGUAGCCAAACCCUUGUGACUACUCCAGAAUAUUAACGCAAAGCCUCUACUGUGUCUUCCAGUAACACUACCACUGUUGGCUUGUAAAUAGAAAUGUAUAUGUAAAUUUUGUGUUUCUUUAUGCAUAAAAAAACUGAUGCACAUUACCCAGCACUAUUUAAAACAUUGGCUAGUCUAUAUACAUGUGUUGCCAUGCUUUAAAACAUGUGCGAAUGGCCUGAAUACAUUUUGGCAUUUGUGUCGGUCAAGGUUAUCCAGCAAUAUGUGUUGAUUGUGGUAAUUCAGUUGUAACCUGUUUAACCAUUUUUUUUUUUUUUUUUUUUUUUUUUGCCCUGGAACACUUUUUUUUGGUUCUAGUUUGAAUUCUCAUCAAUCCACGUUUCUGUACAUUGUAUAUUGCUGCAUUUUACCAUAUAUGCUGAAGUCAUUACUUUACACUUGAAGCCAUAAAAAUGUACACAAAAAUUCUCAGACAGAUUAUCAACAUCCCUGUGUGAAAUGUGAUUUUUUAGUCUGUGAAAUAACAUCCAUGUUCUGUAAAUGUUACUUUUUUUUUAAUAUGAAGCGUGUGUGUGUGUAUGUGUAUAUGUAUAUAUGUAUUUCUAAUGCUAUUCUAAAUAACGUCACCAAUGCCAUA